AUGGCUUCCACCUUCGACCGCACCCUCUCGGUCCCCAAGUUCGACAAAUUCGAGAGCGGGAAGAGUGUUUGGGAUACUCAUCGUAGCAUCUGGCAAGACGAUGCAGCAGACACUGAUACUAGUCGCCGUAUGAAGGUCAUCCUCCCUUUUGGAAAACGAAACUCACACUCCCCAGCAACCUCCGUUAGGCAUAACUCUGCCUCAUCAAGCAAGUUCAGCAAGGCUGUGAAUGGCUCUGCACUGUCCACGAUUGACAACCCGAGAAAUUCUUCUGCCGAUUCGACUGCUUGGAACACCUCAAAUGGCCAUGCAGUGCAGAACCGUACCGAUAAUCCAUUCAUCUCCCCUACCAAACGCAAGCAAAGUGGUUGGCUCUUCGACAGCAAGACCUACGAUAUUGAGAACUCGUCCAGACUCCUCGCAGACAGUGCCCCCGAAUUUGAAUCCCUUGAUGGCUCCAAUCAUCACGAAAAGCUCGUGCCAGGUCGUUCGUUACGAUUUAGUGACGAGGCGGCUUCCUACGAUACUCGCUUCGCACCGUCUCUGCGCCCUACAGGUCCUUCUCAGCUGCCUGCACCGAACCGCAUGCUGGCCAACGGUGCCGUGCAAGGUACCCAGACGAACUUGCGAGGCAAUAACGGCCUCGCCAGCGUUCACGACUUCCGCCCGCGGAGCGAUGUUGGUCAGUCCAUGGAUACUUCCCCGUCUGCCAAUCGCGGUAUGGGGACGGGAUCGGCUCGCUCGAGCUCCAGUACCGUCUCGCCAACUACUUCACGAUUUGCUCGCCAAAUGAACGGCUAUCUGGACCGCACCGCUGGAAAUGUUGAUGAUACCGUUGAAGCUCUGCGUGGUCUUGGUUUCACUAAGGCCUCACCUGUGUAUGACAAGUUCGGCCAUAUGUAUGAUGGAGUACGCUCCAGCGUACAUCCUGACGAUGAUUUUAGCCAGCACAACACUGGAUACGACAAUGGCGCCUACUAUAGAGCGGGCUCUUACUACGAGCAGGAAUUCGUGGACUCUCAUAACGCCUCUACUUGGCCGUAUUGGAUCCCUAAUGACGGCAAGCUGCGCCCAGAAUACAUCUCCGAGUAUCGAAAUGUUCCCAACAGUCCCUACUAUUCGUCCUCAAUGACGCCUUCCUCUGGAAGCGACUCCAUUCGAAGUGCGCUGGCCAGCCGGAAUUCUCAGCACGAAAUGACUGUCACGAACCGCAAGCCGAGCAAUCAAGACACGUACUACCAGCCUGCGUAUAUGUCCGGCAACGUGAUCAUCCCUAAUGGGGCCAUCCCUCUGGAUAUGGCUGUCCGCAGCCAUGGCAUGCAGAUGAAUCCUCUUGCGACGCCGUACUAUGUGCCUGGCUACAUCUCGGGGCCAAGACACCCUUUUCCGCGCGAGGAUCAGCGCAGCGUUGUCCAGCGCAGUCCUCUCCUCGAGGAGUUUCGCAUGAACAAAUCGAACAAACGCUACGAUCUACGCGACAUUUUCGGGCACAUCGUCGAAUUCAGUGGGGACCAGCACGGAUCUAGAUUCAUCCAGCAAAAGCUCGAAACUGCCAACAGUGAUGAAAAAGAUCAGGUUUUCAAGGAGAUCCAGGCAGAAGCGAUGCAGCUGAUGACGGAUGUCUUUGGCAACUACGUGAUCCAGAAGAUAUUUGAGCAUGGCAAUCAGUCACAGAAGAAGAUCCUGGCAGACUACAUGAAGGGGCGCGUCGCGUAUUUGUCGAUGCAAAUGUACGGCUGCCGGGUGGUUCAAAAGGCUUUCGAGCACGUCCUGACCGAUCAGCAAGCUAGCAUGGUCAAGGAACUUGAUGGUCCCAACAAGCACGUACUCAAGGUUAUCCGCGACCAGAACGGCAACCAUGUCGUGCAAAAGGCAAUCGAGAGAGUUCCUGCGGAGCACAUCCAAUUUAUCAUUGAGGCUCACAAAGGAGAGGUGGUCAAGCUAGCUCAGCACACGUAUGGCUGUCGUGUCAUUCAGCGCAUCUUGGAACAUUGCACACCGGCCUCCAAGCGGGUCAUCCUCGAUGAGCUCCAUGGUUGCAUUGCGCCACUCAUCACAGACGCUUUUGGAAACUAUGUGGUGCAGCAUGUGGUCCAAAAUGGCGAGCCAGAUGACCGACGUCGUGUGGUGUCGAUCGUCUUGCAGCAGCUGCUGGUCUUCUCCAAGCACAAGUUCGCCAGCAAUGUCGUGGAGAAGUGUCUCGAGCACGCCGACGACGACCAACAAUCCAUGCUGUUCACGAGGCUGAUUCACCCCGAUGCAUCUGGCCAGACGCCCGUGUUUGGCUUGCUCCGCGAUCAAUAUGGCAAUUAUGUCAUCCAGAAAGUCUUCGGCAUGCUCGAAGGCCAACAACGCGCCAUGCUCGAGAGCGAGAUGCGCGCAUGCUUCUUGCAGCUCAAACGUACGAGCUAUGGCAAGCAAGUCAUCGCCAUCGAGAAGUUGUUGUAUGGCAAUACUCAGGAGGGUGGGCAUCCAAUCGGGAUGGUCAUGGCCAACGGCUCUCACUGCCACAGCUCGCAAAUGGUGCCGCACCAGGCUGUACAUGCUGGCCAUCGCUAG